AUGAAGGGCGUCCAAACAGCCAGAGCAAGAACCCGUACAAGUACCACGCGUACACGUACUAGACUUGUACGUAGAGAAGGCGAACUUGGACUUUUACGUGUACGUGCAUUCAAACCGACGAUGCCAGCUGUUAAGAAGUCUAUCAUCACAAAGCAACAUCUAGUGCCAACGGCCUAUGUGUUUUCUAAAUUUACUCAAGCUUGA